AAUAAAACUAUGAAGCGUCUAUCGGUCGAAUCAUCCUACAUACCAGAUGUCAAGCUGUCAUACGAGUAUAAAAAAAAUCAAGAGUUGGAUCUGUGUGUGAUUGAAGUGAAGAAAAAGUCGAUUUCAAAUACUCCAAAUAAAUCCGAUUUCACGAAGAUUCAUCUCGAGAUGAAACUAAUGAUCACAAAACUUAUACAAAUGAAUGUCCAUGACCCUGUUGUUUACGGAGUAUUAGUGCAAGGGUUUGAUUGCCAAGUCUCCAAAAUGACUCUUGAUGGCGAUGGAUUUUAUUUCACUCCAGUUGUUCAUUUUAUUCACUUGCCAAGAGAUGUCAAUGACAUCAUGAUCGUUCCAAGAGUUACUUCAUGCUUUAUCACCUUGAAGAAUGAGCUUGAUCGACUGGUCACAAGGAUCCAGAACAAGAAAAAAGGCAAAUCCCCUCUUCUCGCGUGGACCCGGCCUUCGUAUAAAAUGCCCGUGUUAAUCAAGGACCCAUUGAAACAUCUGGUUGAAAAUAAUUGAAUUAAAGCAAAACCCGUAUACAUGAUUGAUACAAUUUGAUUGGCUAGUAUAUUUCAUUCGACAAAACCAAAGAAUGUUUCAAUAAAAAAAGUGUUUGUGUAUCUUUUUUUCCUGCCUAAAACAAAGAACUUUAGUUGGACACAAUGGAUGACUUGUUAGACCUUAAUUGGUCUUCACCCACAUCUUCGUCAGUAAGACCAUCUGCACCCAAGCCUCAAAAACCCAGAGAUGCUUUUGCUGAUCUUUUAAACACCACACCUAAACCAGUUGACACUUCAAAGCUUUCGCUUGCUGAACAACAACGUAUGCAACAAAGCAAUGGCACCCAUUCUCCGUGGCUAACACCUACUCAAGCACCAGCUA